AUGUACUAUGAGCCGGAUAUCUUAAGGAGAUUUGCAGAGACUAAAGAGAAUAAACUUGUUUUCAAGGCAGGUUAUGAUGACAGAGAAAAUGAUCUCUUCCUCUGUGACACCAACACCUGUAAAUUUGAUGGGGAAUGUUUAAGAAUUGGAGACACUGUGACUUGCGUCUGUCAGUUCAAGUGCAACAGUGACUAUGUGCCUGUGUGUGGCUCCAAUGGGGAGAGUUACCAGAAUGAGUGCUACCUGCGACAGGCUGCAUGCAAACAGCAGAGUGAGAUACUUGUGGUGUCUGAAGGAUCAUGUGCCACAGAUGCAGGAUCAGGAUCUGGAGAUGGAGUUCAUGAAGGCUCAGGAGAAACCAGUCAAAAGGAGACUUCCACCUGUGAUAUCUGCCAGUUUGGUGCAGAAUGUGAUGAAGAUGCUGAGGAUGUCUGGUGUGUGUGCAACAUCGACUGCUCUCAAACCAACUUCAAUCCCCUCUGUGCUUCUGAUGGGAAAUCUUAUGAUAAUGCAUGUCAAAUCAAAGAAGCAUCAUGUCAGAAACAGGAGAAAAUUGAAGUCAUGUCGUUGGGUCGAUGUCAAGAUAACACAACUACAACUACUAAAUCUGAAGAUGGGCAUUAUGCAAGAACAGAUUAUGCAGAUUUGACGGGAACUGGAUUAACAGAAGAGUCAGAAGGCCCAAGUAAAGAUAAAGAAUAUGAGAAUGCUAACAAGUUAGAAGAAAGUGCAAGAGAGCACCACAUACCUUGCCCAGAACAUUACAAUGGUUUCUGCAUGCAUGGAAAGUGUGAACAUUCUAUCAAUAUGCAGGAGCCAUCUUGCAGGUGCGAUGCUGGUUAUACUGGUCAACACUGUGAAAAAAAGGACUACAGUGUACUGUAUGUUGUCCCCGGCCCUGUACGAUUUCAGUAUGUCUUAAUCGCCGCUGUGAUUGGAACCAUUCAGAUUGCUGUCAUCUGCGUGGUGGUCCUCUGCAUCACCAGGAAAUGCCCCAGAAGCAACAGAAUUCACAGACAGAAGCAAAAUACAGGGCACUACAGUUCAGACAACACAACAAGAGCAUCCACGAGGUUAAUCUAA